ACAAACACCAGUUCCUCACAGUUCAUCUCUUAUAGAGCUACGACUGGCAAAUUCUCCGGACUCCGGAGAACCUUCUCCUUCAUGUUGAGCGGAGACUUCUAUUUCUAAAGCAAUGGAAUACACGGCCGAUCAGCCGCAGCAAUACCAGAAUCAGGCGCAGCCGCAAUACCAGAAUCAGGCACAUGAAUACGAUCCUUCUCAUUACCAUCAUCAGUACUACGCCUACGCCAAUCAACAACGGCAAUACCCUUAUUACCCACCUCAAGAUUCUUAUUCCCAACAAUACUCCCACUUUUAUCAAGAAGUCGCUCCCAUUCACCCUCCCGGCGUCCCCUUGGUCCACCCAACUCAUCCCCCCGUUUAUUACCACCCACCGCAGCCUUCUGUGGACCCUCAACAUCAGCAAGGAGUUCCUGUUUCGGGCUCUGAUUCCUCCGCUGUGGCGGCGAAUUAUGUGGGGAAUGUGGAUUUGGCUCGGAGGGAUAAUUGGCCUCGUCAGAUGCAAUCUGCGUAUAGGGGUGGAAGGGGUAAGAGGCCUUCUAGAGGGGGCAGAUUGGGUCAUGCUGGUCAUGGCCAUAAUGACAUUCAGCAUUCUCCAAAUGUUGUGGCUCCAGAUUCUGUUUUGGAUCCAAAUGGAGCAGCUGCUGCAAUGCUACCUACUGCAUCAGUUCCUGGUCAUGCAACAUUAACAUCUCAAGUGCCAGCUGCUCCACUCCGGCCACCUCCACGUAUGGCUUGGUGUGAACUUUGUAGGGUUGAUUGCAACAGACCCGAAAUCUUAGAGAAGCACAAGAAUGGAAAGCGGCAUAAGAAAAACUUGCAGGCACGAGAAGAGUUGCAGAAGCGGAACAAAGUCAUAUCUGGACAGCAAAGUAUGCAAGUGCCUAAUAUGGGGUUCGAGGGAAAACAACACCAACAGGAUAUGGUUCCGUCCUUGGCUGCCACUAAUGACAACAAGAAAGAAAUUGAGCAGCAGCAGGACAUUGCGGAUAAACGUGAAGCAUCAACAACUGGUCCUGCAGAAACUAAAACAAAUUUAACGAAUGCCUCUGAAGCUCGUAGUUGUGGCUUGAAGCGUAAGAUGAGAGGGGGACGUGGGGGUAAAUAUAUGAAAAGAAAUGAAGGAUCUAGGCCAUUUGAGCCUCCCAAACCAAAGUUUGCUAUUCCUUUUAUGUGUGAAUUGUGCAAUGUCAAGUGUGAAUCCCAGGUGGUUUUUAACAGUCAUCUGGCCGGUAAAAAGCAUAUUGCAAAUACGAAGAGGUUUCACGGGCAUCGAGCUUUAUAUGGAGAAGCAGGUCUUCAAGCACUUUAUCCACCUAAUAUUAAUGAUGCACCACCUCCUUUGAUCCCUCCAAUUCAACAAGGUGUUACUGACCCACAAGUUGCUUUAGCUCAGCUGUUGACUUGUGUCCUUAUCCAAGCCCAAGCGCAAGUCCCAGGGUUAGCAGCCCAUCUGGUAUCUCUACCAAUAGCAGCAUUGGAGUCAGCACAAACACCAUUAUUGAGUUCAGGAAACCAGUACAGCCAUGAGAUUCCUCAAGGAUCAUUAGCCACAUCAGAAGUGAGGAAUGGAUUGGCUGCGAUGGCAGAAGCUGAAACUUGGCGACAAAAUACUGCAGCAAAGUCUGAAGCCUCACCAGCUGCGGGAGAUAACAAAGCAAAUAGUCAAGCAUCACAGUCUGAAAAGAAUGAAGUGAGUCGGCAACAAUCUUUCACUGCUAAGUCUGAAGCGCCAACAACUGUAGGAACUGUUAAGGUGAAGAAUGGAGCUUUAGAUAAAGAAAGUAAGGCAGUGAUUACCCCCAUGGAUAACCCUACUAUUGCAACACCAACAACGGAAGGUAAAACAGUGUCCUUGGAUCCAGUUGAUGGGUCAGAACCAAACAAUGAUUUGAAGGAAGCCGAGGAGGAUCCAGAAGAAGAAGCCGAGGAGGACCCAGAAGACGAAGCAGAGGAGGAUGUUGAGGAGCAAAAUGAAGCCGACUAAGUCGAGCAAAAGACUAUUGGCCCUCUUGAAUUGGUCGAUGUCAUCUUGACUUUAGAAAAUAAAUUUCAUGUCGAGAGGUAUAAGACGUGAGUACUAUUAGGAAUAUAUAUAUAUAUAUAUAUAUAUAUAUAUAUAUAUAUAUAUAUAUAUAUAUAUAUAUAUAUAUGAUGCAUGCUCUCUUUCUAUCGUGUUUGCCAUAGGCAUAGGUCCAAGAAAUCAGCAAAAAGAUAUGUAAUUGAUAGUUGCUGGAUGACUUGCUUUUGAGG